AGCGGUAGAAGACUCUCACUACAUCAAGUUGGCGUAAGAAACACAAGAACAGCUAGGAUUCUGAGCAGAAAACUAAGAAUAGGCACACAAGCAUUGCUUGAAACGAGUUCAUUGAGCCAGUCCUUCUUUGUAUCGACUAUCUUUUAUGGGAAUUUGGCUGUUGAGUAUCUAUGAACAUUUGCAAGUUUAUCUGCUUGAACUGAUUUGUGAGAGUUACUGAUAUAGGUGCAGAACUUUCAUGACUUAAAGUGAUCUGGUGCCAAUGGAUAGCCUAGUUCAAAAGUUAGGAAAAGCAGUUAAACAAGUGGCAAGAAGUAGAGGCUCAAACUGGUGGUACACUCCUCACAUGGCUGCUGCAUCCCGUGCCAUCGCUGACCGUAUCCCAUUGGUCAAUUUCGUUAUUGAAGUCCGUGAUGCCAGGAUUCCAAUAUCAUCAGAAUGUGAGCAACUGAGAAAUUUUCCACCUUCGUUGAGGCGCAUCAUAGUGCUAAACAAGACUGACCUUGCAAACCGGUCACAAAUGGAGGAGUGGAUGAGGUUUUUUGAGGAAAAGAAAGGUAUGGCUUUUGGAGUCAAUUCCCAUAAUAAAGAGAAUAUUAAGGAGUUCUUGAACUUUCUACAAGCCAGAGUCAGGGAAUUGAAGAAAUUGGAUAGUUCUGGUCAUACAAUAACAUUAAUGCUUGUUGGCAUUCCUAAUGUUGGCAAAUCUGCAUUAGCCAAUGCUCUGCAUCAGGUUGGAAGGAUUAGUGCUGCAGAGAAAGGGAAGUUAAAGCAUGCUGUCAUUAGUCCAUAUCCAGGGGAAACCAAAAAUAUUACCAGCUUCAAGAUAGCUAGCCAUCCUAAUAUCUUUGUCUUGGACACCCCGGGUGUUUUGCCUCCCGAGGUGACUGAUGAUAGAGUAUGCUCCAACCUAGCCUUAGCAGGAGCUAUCAGAGAUUGCGUGGUUGGAGAAAUAGAACUCGCUCAGUAUUUUCUCUCUAUCCUUAGCUUGAGUGAUGAAUACAAGAAAUGGGGUAAGUUGGUGGUGGUUGAAAAUGGUCGAGCAUCAAUUAAUCAAGGAGCUAGCAUUCUUGCCAGUUCGGAAUCGGGCAAAAGACAGGACAGGCAGUAUCCAACAGAUCACACUCAGGAUUUCAUAGUAAACAAUGUUCGACGAGCCCUUUUUGAGGCUAUUUCGUCUUUUGCUGGUAACGCGGAAAAUGAGGAAGAUCUGGCACGCCUCAUUGAAGUCGAAUUUAAAGUUUUGCACAGAGUUUUUCAUCUUCCUAAGGAAUUUGAUCAUGAUGAGAAUUAUGGUAUAGUUGCUACAAAAUUGCUUAAUUUGUAUCGUACUGGAAGGCUUGGCCACUAUACAUUAGACCCUUUUCCCAAGAAUGCCUGGUGCAGUUCAUCUGAAAUGAUAUAGAGCAAAUACUGAAAAUAUCUCCUCACGUGCCAAGAAAUACAUUAACACCCAGGAGCGAUGGCAGUAGGACUCUGUUGGGGUAAGAUUUAAACAUUAGAACAAAAAUAUUGAAGAUAUUACCAUAUCUUUUACUCUUACUGUUGUUCUCUACGGGUUUUUAGUGAUUUUUCGUUUUCCAUUGUAUGUUAAUAUGUUAUACAAAUUCAUAUUUAUACUUAAUAGUCAAUUGCAAAUAAUGCUUGUUGUGGCACUAAGCUAAUGAGUGAAUUGUUUGAUA